AUGGCGUCACACCUCGACGCGCGCGAAUGCGGCCUUCUCUCGAUGGAACCUUCGAGUGAUGAUGUCCAAAUUGAUGACUUGCUCAGGGCGCAAGUCGUUCGCCUCGAGGUGGGAACGAUUUCCGUCAGAAUAUCGGCUUUGACUUUCUUGCUGGACGCGCUGUGCAGAGACGUCUCGGUUCUUCGGGAGGAGAUGGCACGAGAUGUCAUCGAGGCGUGCUUACGCGCGUGUCGAGAUCAAGCGCCGAAUAUCGCACGUUUAGCCCGCUUCGGCAUGUUCAAGGUGUUACGGGCGUGCGCGGAGUCCAAGGCUCACAGACUCGCCGCUCUCGCGGUCAAAUGCGUCGUCUUCGCGAGCGUAGAGCACGAGUCAUCGGACGACGACGAGACGCGCUCGCACGCCGCCGUGGAGUGUCGAAAGGCGUUGCGAAACACAUCGAUUAUGUCACUUUUGGCUGAAACGUCGCAUCGCGCCUUGCGUCUGCUCGCUGACGGCGACCAUCGAGGAGCCGCUCGAGUUCUUCGUCCGGAGACGAUGCGUGACGACGCGUCACCAUCGACAGUGAUGGGAGGUGCGAUCACUCUUUCGACCCCGAGGCCACGCAUGCUCACGGCGAGGCAGCGCACGCUUCAAGACAUUCAGCGCGCGCGUUCGAAGAGGCUAAAGGCGGACGCAGAAAUCGCGGCCCAACAAAAGCAAGCGUCUGAAGAGACAGAACGACGUGAACGAGAGUUCGAGCGACGAGCGACGAUCGCCCGCGCCUCUUACUUGACUACUACGUCUCAAUUGUCUACUACAACUGGCUGA